GCCAGCGUUCGGGAGCCCCAAAUUGGACCCAACGUAGACACCCAGUUGAAUCUCUCACUAAUCCCCCCUUUAUCGUUCGUUGCUUGAUUCUUGAAUCCAACCAGAUUUUGGUUUCUUCAUCAUACUCCUUUUGAAUUUCUUGUUUUUGUGGAUUUUUCAUCCCUCGACUUGACAGAAUCGUCGGCGACGAGUUGUUUUGCAUUCCAAGCUCGCGAUUGACUUUUGGGGAAGAUGCUAAUGAUGAUAAGAUGAAUCAAGGCGUUACUGACACCAUAACCACACUGGACCCGAAUUCACUUGAGCAUCAUGCUGUUGAUUCGAGCCAUGGACAAGCACCAUCAAGUUAUCCCCCAUCUACCAGCUCUGAGUCCGCAUCCUGGACGAUGUACGGAGCUGUUAACGAAGCCACAGGCAGCAAAACUUAUCCCAGUACCAGCUUUAACCAUGAUCAACAUUCAGAACCCCACCCAAGAAACAUUCAAGAUGGAGAGACUGCGGCAUCUGCUGGCACUGUGUCAAGUUCUGGAACAGCUAGUCUAGAGUAUGCCAACUAUGCAGCAUACCCGAACAGUGAUCCAUAUGGAUACGGAAGCACAGGAUAUGCAGGUUACUAUAGUAGCUAUCAGCAGCAGCCAACUCAAUCAUAUCCUCAGCAGCAACCAACUCAAUCAUAUCCUCAGCAGCAGCCAACUCAAUCAUAUCCUCAGCAGCAGCCAACUCAAUCAUAUCCUCAGCAGCAGGCAAAUCAAUCAUAUGCUCAGCAGCAACCUAAUCAAACAUAUGCUCAGCCUGCAGGAGCCUAUCAAAGCACAGGUGCUCCUCAUCAGCCUAUUUCCUCAUUUCAGAAUACAGGUUCCUAUGCUGGACCUGCCAGUUAUUCAACCACUUAUUACAAUCCUGGUGAUUAUCAGACAUCUGGUGGUUACCCAAGUGCGAAUUACAAUAGUCAGACAAACUCGUGGAAUCAAGGAAGCUAUGCAAGUUAUGGUCAUCAAUAUCCAAACUACUCUGCAGAAUCUAACAUGGCUUAUAGUGCUCAAAAUGCUCCUGCAGCACCCCUCCAAUAUCAACCGGAUUAUAAACAACAAUGGACAGACUAUUACAGCCAAACGGAAGUGACCUGUGCUCCUGGGACUGAAAAUUUAUCUUCUACCAGUGCAUCCAAUCUGGUAUCUCCUCUUCCUGCUGUUGCUAGUGGGUAUUCUGCUCUAAGCAGCCAGCAUCUGCCAUCUACUGCUCCAUCCUCUUGGAGGCCAGAACCUGGCUUAUCUGAGCUGUCCUCAGUGCAGCCUAGUGCAGCAAUUAACAAUGUUCAAGAAGGAUACUGGAAGCAUGGGGGUCAAGGUUUGCAAAAUUAUCAUGUUAGUUCCGCGCAAUCGAACUUUCAGAAGCCUUUGGAUUCAAAUCCUAUUCCUGGAAGCUUCCAGGAUCAACGAAAGCCUGAAGUCCCUCAACGACCAAUUGUGCAAUAUUCAGCUUCUCAUCAGGUUGCACAGACUUAUCAAUCAUCUCCGCAAACUGCAAUACCCUUUGAUUCAGGCAGGGUGAGCAAAAUGCAGAUUCCAACAAACCCUAGAAUCUCGUCAAAUUUGCCUGUGAGUUUGCCCAAGAAUGACAAUGCUGCAAUUGGUGGAGUGACCAAGCCAGCUUAUAUCAGUGUCUCACUUCCAAAGACUAAUGAAAAUGCGUCAUCGCAUGUUGCUGCAGAUUCUGCGUUUAAGCCUGGUAUGCUUCCCAAGUCACUGCGUGGAUAUGUGGAAAGGGCUUUGGCUCGUUGCAAGGAUGAUAGACAGAUGGCAGCUUGUCAAGAUGUCCUUAAGGAGGUUAUUACCAAGGCAAGUACUGAUGGUACUCUUUGUACCCUAGACUGGGAUACGGAGCCUCUUUUCCCACUUCCCAAUACCAAUGCGAUUAAUAACGAUACUUUGAAUAAUUCAAUUCCUCCAUCAUCACCGAUGAAGAACAGAAGAAGUCCAAGCAGGCGUACCAAAAGUAGGUGGGAGCCUUUACCAGAGGAGAAACCAGUUGAUAAACAAGCAUCUUUUACUCCCAAUAGUGUAAAAUACAGUGGAGGCAUUCAAAACCACGAAAGGGAUAAGCAGUUUCCAACAGGACAACCGGAGAACAAGGAUAAUAAAUUUAGUCACCUUAAAUUUUAUAUAUCAAAUCAGAAAGAAACAAAUAAAGCGGUUUUUAGGCCUGCUAAGAGGCAACACAUUGGUGACGGUCGGAGUGGAUCCAAUAACGGUGACUCAUCCAGUGAUAGUGAUAAAGAACAAAGCCUGACGGCAUAUUACGCUGGUGCGAUUACACUUGCGGAUUCACCUGAGGAAAGGAAGAGACGUGAAAGUCGUUCAAAGCGUUUUGAAAAGACUCAUGGCAAUCGAGCAGCAUAUAAUCCUACGAGAACCAAAAAUGUUGGAGCUGGAAACUUGUACACUAGAAGGGCAUCUGCGUCUGUGUUGGCAAAUAGUAACAGUUCCAGUGAUGGUGCCAGCAGGGCGGUUGAAGAUAUCGACUGGGAUUCUCUUACUGUCAAAGGAACUUGCCAAGAAAUUGAGAAACGCUACUUACGCCUCACUUCUGCACCCGAUCCUGCCACUGUAAGACCGGAAGAAGUAUUAGAAAAAGCUUUGCUUCUGGUUCAAGAUUCCCAAAAGAACUACCUAUAUAAAUGUGACCAGCUAAAAUCUAUUCGGCAAGAUCUUACAGUACAACGGAUACGCAAUGAGUUGACUGUCAAGGUCUAUGAAACUCAUGCACGAUUAGCAAUAGAAGUUGGAGACUUGUCCGAAAUCAAUCAGUGCCAAUCACAAUUGCAAACGCUCUAUGCCGAAGGAAUCAAGGGGUGCCAUAUGGAAUUUUCUGCAUACAAUUUACUUUGUGUUAUCUUGCACUCUAAUAACAACAGAGAUCUCUUGUCAGCAAUGUCUAGGUUAUCGAUUGAAGCAAGAAAAGAUGCAGCGGUAAAACAUGCUCUUGCAGUCCGUGCAGCCGUCACCUCUGGAAACUAUGUCUCGUUCUUCAGAUUAUACAAGAUUGCUCCUAACCUGAAUACCUGCCUUAUGGAUCUUUAUAUCGAGAAAAUGAGGUAUGCAGCUCUGAAAUGCAUAACUCGUUCAUAUCGUCCCACGCUUCCAGUAUCAUAUGUGGCUCAGGUCCUUGGCUUUCCGUCAGCUGAAGUGUCGGAUGAAAAAGAUACAGGAGGAUUGGAGGAGUGCACGGAGUGGUUGAAGGCUCAUGGUGCAUGCCUUGCCACCGAUAAUACUGGAGAGAUGAUGCUUGAUGCCAAGGCUUCCAUGGCUUCUCUGUUCAUGCCAGAGCCAGACGACGCAGUGGCCCAUGGAGAUGCCAGUCUUGCCGUUAAUGAUUUUUUGACUCGUUCUUUAUCAUAGCCGGCUGAAUAAAGCUGUAAGAAAACUAGGUUUGCUAACACUGGGAUCCCGGAAACUGGCCUGGAAUUUAUACAUGGCGUGGUUUUGAUAGGGGAUCAAACGUGUACCAUCGUGAAGGUCGAUAUAGAAGAAUACGGAUUGGUAAGUUGAUCUAAUAUGUUAUUUCGAUUAGAAUCAGAUGUUGGAUUGGAGGAACAGUCAUUCUUUUUUAUAGAGGCACAAUGUGUAUCGCAGAUUGAUUGUGGAUAAUUUAUUGUGUUACUUUUUAUGAUUUGAUUGCUUA